AAUGUGUUAUUGUGUGAAUGCAGUAUGUGUCUGUAUUCAUGUUUGUGUGUACAUGUUCGGUAUCUAUACGGAUGUAUACAUGUCCCAUAACUUCUUCUGUUUGUGAACUGUGCCGUGAUUUUAAUGCUGUGUUUUCCUAGGCUCCAGCUGUGUUGUAGUCAUGGCUGCCUGAGGGACUGCUCCCUGGCUGUGUGGAUCUGGAGCCCCCUCUGAUAUCAUGCUGAGAGUUGGGCCAGCGGCCACCACUCUACUCCUGCUGCUGUCAUACUGCUGCUGCCACCUGUGUCACUCUCUGGGAAUCCCUAAACUGUCCUCCUAUGCCAAGACAGAGGACAAACUGUUCAAGAACCUCUUCAGAAACUACCAGAAAUGGGUGAGGCCUGUGGAAUACCUCAACGGCACAGUACGGGUCAGAUUUGGACUGGCCAUCUCCCAGCUAGUGGACGUGGACGAGAAGAACCAGUUGAUGACAACCAAUGUGUGGAUGAAACAGGAAUGGUUGGACAUGAAGCUACGCUGGAACACUGAUGACUACCUGGGCAUCACUACCAUCAGAGUCCCAUCGGACUCCAUCUGGAUCCCAGACAUUGUGCUCUAUGACAAUGCCGAUGGACGUUUUGAGGGCUCUGUCACCAAGGCUGUUGUCAAGUAUGAUGGCACCAUCACCUGGACACAGCCCGCUAACUACAAGUCAGCCUGCAUCAUCGAUGUCACCUUCUUCCCCUUUGACCUGCAGAACUGCUCCAUGAAGUUUGGCUCCUGGACCUAUGAUGGCUCACAGGUUGACAUCCUCCUGGAGGACUUUCAUGUGGAUAAGAGGGACUACUUUGACAGUGGCGAAUGGGAUAUAGUGAAAGCAACAGGCAGCCGUGGUCUGAGGAUGGACGGAUCCUGCCACUUCCCCUUCAUCACCUACUCCUUCAUCAUCCGUAGACUGCCACUCUUCUACACCCUCUUCCUUAUUAUCCCUUGUAUCGGCCUUUCCUUCCUCACCAUCCUGGUCUUCUACCUGCCCUCCAACGGCGGGGAGAAGAUCUCCCUGUGCACCUCUGUGCUGGUGUCCCUCACCGUCUUCCUCCUCGUGAUCGAGGAGAUAAUUCCGUCCUCCUCCAAGGUCAUCCCUCUGAUUGGGGAGUACCUGGUGUUCACCAUGAUCUUUGUCACGCUCUCCAUUGUCAUCACCGUCUUUGCCAUCAACAUCCACCACCGCUCCACGUCCAUGCACCAAGGCAUGGCGCCCUGGGUGCGUCGUAUCUUCCUGCACAGGCUGCCUAAGCUGCUGUGUAUGCGCAGCCACGUGGACCGCUAUGCUACCCCCGGUGGGGCCUGGGCAGGACUGGCAGGGAGAGAGGGGGAAGGACUGGCAGGGAGAGAGGGGGCAGGACUGGCAGGGAGAGAGGGGACAGUAGGGGGCAUUAUGAAGUCCACCCCUCAUCUCUCCCCCAUGAAUAACCUGCAGGCUGCUUUGGACUCUAUCCGUUACAUCACCAUGCAUGUGGUCAGGGAGAACGAGGUCAGAGAGGUGGUGCAGGAUUGGAAGUUUGUGGCUCAGGUUCUGGAUCGUGUGUUCCUGUGGACCUUCCUCCUGGUCUCAGUACUGGGCUCUGCUCUGCUCUUCAUCCCUGUCAUCUACAAAUGGGCAAACAUCAUUGUCCCCAACCAUGCAGGCGGCAGCGGAUAAGACUAAACUGAGUCUAUGUACACUGAGCACAACGAAUUCAGAGACACUACAGUCAGUGCAGAGAUGGAGACACUUACUCACAUGUGGGUGUGGGAGAGCAAUGGAUUCUAGUUCCAUCAUAAUUUUUGAUUUGUGUAUAUGAAUGAGGGAUUAUUGUCUCUAUGUUGCUGUAUCUGUUUCUAGAUUAAAUUAACAUACAAUUGUUUCAUAUGAAAUAAUCCCUCUAUAUUCUGGAAGGAGGAUACCUCCCUAUAGACAUAUCUCACAAAGUAUAACAAUGAAUACAAUUAUCCAGGUUAUGUAAGGACCGACGCUGAAGAAGAGAAGCAGGUACAGGGAGUCGAACAUUUAAUAUGGAACAGACAUCAAACGGAGACAGCGUCAGAACCGGGUCUGCAAAGGCAAACAAACAUUAAUCCUGAAGCAGGGAACAGAGCUUGGUAACAAACAGAUAUAGGGGAAGUAAUAACACAGGUGAUUGAGUCCAGGUGAGUCCAAUAAUUGCUGAAGCGCGUGAUGAGGGAAGGCAGGUGUGCGUAAUGAUGGUGGCAGGAGUGUGUAAUGCUUCGGAAGCCUGGCGCAUUCGAGCGCGAGGAGGGGGAGCGGGUGCAGGUGUGACAAGUUAUUGUUUUUCUUGCCUCUGAAAAACAGGCUUCUCACGGUUAACGAGACAGGAUUAUGGAAGGCUGGCCACAUGAGACUAGCUAAUAAUUAACAGGGGUGAAUAAAUCACUUUUAAUCCCCCCUUUAUAAA